AUGGAGCCAGACAAGGGGUCCUCAGCCCCUCCAGGACCCGUCGCUGCGCUGGGAGUCCCAGAUGCCGGGCCUGGUGGCUCUUCCUUAGGGAAGCUCCAAGUGCUCCCUGUGGGGCCCGGGGCCCGCAGCGGGGGCCCUGGCAGCCUGGCUGCAGCGGGGGACGGCGCCCCAGACAUUGGCCUCGUCGGGGAGCUGAGCGGCGGCACGAAGAUCCCCAACCGGGACAGCGGCAUCGACAGCCCGUCCUCCAGCGUGGCCGGGGAGAACUUCCCCUGCGAGGAGGGCGGUGAGGCCGGCCCGGGCACCGCUGUCCCGGGGCUGCACCCCCAGGCGACCCUGGACAGCCAGGUCCUGCGGGACGCCCCCCCGGAGGAGGCCGCCAGUGAUGGGGGUGAGGAGCUUGGCCCUGAGAGCCAGCCCCCGAGGGUUGACAAGGACUCCGGCCUAGCCCAGCACUCCGACCCCCAGAAGCUGCUCCACAUUGCCCAGGAGCUCCUAUCCACCGAGGAGACCUACGUGAGGCGACUGCACCUGCUGGACCAGGUUUUCUGCACCAGGCUGACUGAAGCGGGGAUCCCUCCAGACGUGGUAACGGGCAUCUUUUCCAACAUCUCCUCCAUCCACCGCUUCCACGGGCACUUCCUGCUGCCCGAGCUGCAGACACGCAUCACGAAGGAGUGGGAUGCGAAUCCCCGACUCGGGGACAUCCUGCAGAAGCUGGCCCCGUUCCUGAAGAUGUACGGCGAGUACGUCAAGAAUUUCGACCGGGCCGUGGGGCUGGUGAGCUCGUGGACGCAGCGCUCCCCGGUGUUCAAAGAUGUCAUCCACAAUAUCCAGAAGGAGGAGGUGUGUGGGAACCUGACGCUGCAGCACCACAUGCUGGAGCCCGUGCAGAGGGUGCCCCGCUACGAGCUCCUGCUCAAGGACUACCUGAAGAGGCUGCCGGGAGACGCCCCAGACCGGAAGGAUGCCGAGCGGUCCUUGGAGCUCAUCUCCACCGCGGCCAACCAUUCCAACGCCGCCAUUCGGAAAGUUGAGAAAAUGCACAAACUCUUGGAGGUGUACGAGCAACUGGAUGGAGAGGAGGACAUUGUCAACCCGGCCAACGAGCUCAUCAAGGAGGGCCACAUCCAGAAGCUGUCGGCCAAGAACGGCACCGCCCAGGACCGCCACCUCUUCCUGUUCAACAGCAUGAUCCUCUACUGCGUGCCCAAGCUGCGGCUCAUCGGCCAGAAGUUCAGUGUCCGGGAGAAGAUGGACAUCUCAGGCCUCCAGGUGCUGGACAUCGUCAAGCCAAACGCCGGGCAUACGUUCACCAUAGUGGGGAAGAAGCGGUCCCUGGAGCUGCAGGCGCGGACAGAAGAAGAGAAGAAAGAAUGGAUUCAGAUCAUCCAGGCCACCAUUGAGAAGCACAAGCAGAACAGCGAGACCUUCAAGGCCUUUAGCAGCGCCUGCAGCCCAGAUGAGGACCCCGGCUUCCCUCCAGACAUGCCUAUGGCAAGCACCAGCUCUGUGGAGCCCACAGGGACGGCUGAAGGUGGUGCGGGUGCGACAGGGCUCGAGCCCAGAAAGCUCUCCUCUAAGGCCAGGCGCGACAAGGAGAAACAGAGCUGUAAGAGCUGCAGCGAGACCUUCAACUCUAUCACCAAGAGGAGGCACCACUGCAAGCUGUGUGGGGCGGUCAUCUGUGGGAAGUGCUCCGAGUUCAAGGCCGAGAACAGCAGACAGAGCCGUGUUUGCAGGGAGUGUUUCCUGACACAGCCCGCGGCCCCAGAGAGCCCCAGCUCCGAGACUCCGGCCGAGCCCAAGCAGAACACAGAGAAGCCACGUACCUCAGACCCCCAGGCCAGCCUGCUCUGUGGCCCCCUGCGGCUGUUGGACAGCAGUGAGAGCUGGAGUGAAGUGUGGGCUGCCGUCCCCGCAUCAGACCCCCAGGUGCUGCACCUGCAGGGAGGCAGUCAGCUGGACAGCCGGCCACCUCAAGCCAUCCCUCUCCCUGGCUGCAUGGUGAGCCUGCCCGGCCCUGAGGACAGGCUGGAUCCAGGGCAUGGGUGGAAGCUGCAGCAGGCCCAGCGGUCCUGGCACCUGAGCGCCCCGUCCGCAGAGCUGCGGCGGCAGUGGAUGGAGGUCCUGAGCACCGCCGCUCGGGCGGACGGCAGUUCCGCCUCCACGGUCCUGUCUGUGGGCGCGCAGGAGGGCCGACUGGGCACGCAGCGGGCGAGGACGGCCAGGCUCAGAGUGGGGGAGGGUGAGUGCGGGGCCCUCACCAAGGGCACCAUGGGCUCUGACGCCCGCACAGACAUCCAGGAGGACCCACUCUAG